AGAGGGUGCAGAACAGAGGUCUGGAGAUGAAGGAGUGGGGCCUGUAGUGGGUUCUCACUGGUAGCAUCCACCGUAGGGGACCGGCAUCGACAGAAAAUGUACCUGCUGCGGUUCUUUCCCCUCCUCUUCUGGUUCUCAGGCUUCUCUGCUGCCCGGAACGGUAUCACUGGGCCAGAGACAGUGAGUGGCCUGGAGCGGGGCUCACUGACUGUGCAGUGUCAUUAUAGCUCCGCGUGGGAGACCUACCCAAAGUGGUGGUGUCGAGGAGCUCGCUGGAGUAGCUGCAAGAUCCUGAUUAAAACCAAUGGAUCAGAGAAGAAGGUGAAGGAGGAGCGUUUGUCCAUCAGGGACCACCAGAAAAAACAUGUGUUCAGCGUAACCAUGGAGGAUCUCAGGGGAGGUGAUGCUGACAGUUACUGGUGUGGGAUUGAAAGGAUUGGAACGGACCUUGGGGUCAAAGUUAAAGUGACCAUUGAUCCAGCACCAACGACAGUGCCGACUACAGUCCCCACCACCUCUGCCUCCACCAUGAACAUGUUCAUGGUGCCAGUCACCACGGAAGACACCAGAAGCCUCCUGACUCUGCCCAACUAUCACUCCAAUGGCAGGUACAGCAUCGUAGACCUCAAGGUCCUCCUCCCGAUCAUCUUUGCAGUGCUGCUGCUGCUCUUGGCGGCAGCCUCACUCCUGGCUUGGGGGAUGGUGAAGCGACAGAAGAAAGCUGCUGCGCUGUCCUCAGAGCAGCCCUUGGAAGGUGACCUCUGCUAUGCAAACCUGUCUCUGCAUCAGCCUGGAACCUCUUCCAGCUCCUCCUGGCCAAAGGCCUCCACCAAGUCCUCCUCUGCCCAGGCCACCCAGCAGGAAGUGGAAUAUGUCACCAUGGCUCCCUUUCCGAGAGAGGAAAUUUCCUAUGCGUCUCUGUGUUUAGACCCCUUGGAUCAGGAACCAGUCUACAGCAACACUGGCCACACUCCCAGCAGGGCCUGCGAGGAGUCGGCAGAAUACACCAGUAUCAGGAGAUCUUAGCCUGUGUUCCGACUCCCUCUCGGACCUUGCGCAAAGUCAUGGCGCAUGUUGCUGCCUGUCUGUUUUCUGUCCCUGUCCCUCACCAGGGCCAACCGGUGACUGAAGCUCUGCCUCAUCAGCCAGCAUGGCCUCCAACUCUGGCCUGUGCUUGGGGACCGAUUUUAGAGGACUUUAAAGAAUUAGGGCUCUCUUCACCCCCGACCUAGUUUGGGAGAAGCCUGGAGACAUAGUCUGGGGCUGCAUGUGAAUAAUAAUGAGAAUAAUAAUAAUAAUUACCCUUCAUUUAUUGCUUACUAUGUGCAGUGCACUGGAGAAUAGCCCCCAAACAGGUCUGCAUCCUGACCCCCAGAACCGGCGAAUGUACCAUCCAUAGUAAAAGACAAAGAGUACAUGUGAUUAUUCUGGAUUAUCCAGGGGGCCCUAAAAUAUUAUCAUAAGGCUCCUUCUAAGAAGGAGACAACAAAGCCAAUGUGAUGCUACCGGUGGCAGCUGGAGUGAUGUGGCCAGGAGCAAAGGAACCCUGCAGUCUCCAGAAUUUGGGGGAGGCAAGGGACAGGUUGUCCCCUGGAGCCUCCAAAAAACCACCCCUGCCAAUGCCUUGGGUUGAGCUCAGUGGAGCUGACUUUGUAAUUCUGGCCUCCGGAACUGUAGUA